GACGUAAGGAAACAAAUGGAUUAAAAAAGUAUUGCUCGCCAAAUGUCGAGGCUCGGCCCUCCCGCUUAUCGCGAGCACAGAUAAUAUCUCGGGCAAACAUAACCUGACUGCGCCCUUACUGCGCGUACUAUGGACCUCCAUAUUGGCAGCGCGUUCAUCUUGACUGCUGCCUCCCUUCCUUGCUCAGUGCAUCUGACAUGUCCAGCAUCGCCGGACGGCGUCCUAUCCACCGAAGCUGUUGGCGGGUACAUAUAAGUGCGGUGCGUGAUCAGAAGGCGCAUCGGGCAAAAGCAGUCGCAGCGGUUGUGUGCUUCUCGUGAGCACGUGCACGAGUAGGCCUGCCAAAGAUGGCGCUUGAACAGGUCGAGGCAGGAGAAGAGAAGCUCAAGAAUCUCAACUUACAGCAGCUUCAGAAGAAUGUGUACGUGCGGUUGUCGUCCCCACUCGACAUCCCCAAAAGCGGUGUCGGUCGCAUUUUCAGCGUGUCCAAUAGCAAAAGCCUGUGCAUAGCAGCGACAAGUGCAAGCUUGCUGCUCCAUCCCUUGGAAGGCUUGCGGGAAACAUUCGCAUCCGGCUCGAAUCACUCGACUCCGCAGCUCAGCCCAGCUGCCCAGAUUGAGACAGUCUCCCAUCCUGCACUCGGAGCGACGCCUAGCUUUGUCAGGUUUGCGGAUGCCGGAGAAAGGGUGCUGGUCGGACUGAGCAAUGGCACGAUCGCAAUAUGGGAGACUGCCAAGCUCCUUGCAUGCGACCUGGUGCCAACCGCGGUGCUCCAGCCACCGAGCCCGGGUCUGAUUCUGCUCGAUCUUGUGGAGAACCCAUUGGACCUGCCUGAGUUUCCUGACGCUCUUUACUCGCAGGCGGGCUCGUCCAGCAGGGCAGCAGCAAGCCAGUCCAUCAUGUUCAACGGCAAGCAGCUCGCUCUCGGUUUGGUCACCGGGGAAAUCAUGCAAUUCACACCAGCGGGUGAGCAAAAGGACAUGACCGUCAAGCCAGAGGAACUCUCCGCCGAGUUUUGCGUCGCCGACUUGCGCUGCAUCGAAAAUUACGUUUUUCUUGCUACUUACGCGAGCUCGGCCAGCAACGAUGCAGACGUCAGCGACGAAGAUCAGGUGUUCGUCAUAUUGCGAGACGCUUCUACCAAGCAGAUCAAGUUCGUCCACUUUCCGCUUGACCCUGCGCCCAUCUUCGGAUUCGGAGGUGGCCCAAAGCAGAGGCGGUACUGCGCAAGGCUGAAAGAAUGA